AUGGAUAAUCUCAGUAAUUUUAGCCAAGCGUUGUAUAUUGAAGAUUUCUAUUUUGUGGUAAUUUGGGAUUUAAGCGUUGGCUACUUAGGGUUCUGCCUAAAUUUAAUCCUAAUAUUUCUAAUAUUUAAAAGUAGAUCAUUUAAUAAAGCUUAUGACAUUCUCUUAGCGAAUCAGGGAUUAUCCGAUUUAGCAUGCUCGGCUGUAAUUUUUACUUCAUCUGUUUAUUCUCUAAUUCUGCAUUCAUCAUCAAUGACUGAAAUGCAUAAACAACCCGUUUGUACAAUUGCUUAUUUUAUUAUGGUUACUACAUUUGCAGCUUCGGUUAUCAUAUUUACAGCAAUUGCUGUUGAUCGCUAUCUCAGUCAUAUUCGAAAUCGUCGUCGUGAUCGGCCUGUUCGUUCUUCAAAGGUUGCUAUAGGCAUUACCGCUAUGUGGAUCACUUCUGCUUGUGUAGCUUAUCCAGUAAUUUAUUUUAUUGAAGUUCAUGGCCCAUCUAUAUACAGCUGCACCGUAACUCAGGAUAUCAUGAUGGCACAUUUUAACAGAAUCUUCUUUACAGUUUUAUUUUGUAUCUUCUAUCUCCUUCCAUCCGUUAUUAUUGUUGGAUGCUAUUUACUGAUAUGUAUAUCCAUGUACAAUCAAUUGCGAAAGUGGCAAGAAACCAAUAUGAAGAGAAAUUGGCGCAAUUAUGAGAGGGGAAAAUCUGUUAUCUGGUUUUCUCUCAUGAUAACUGCAGCAUUCUUGUUACUAAGUACGCCGUUUGUUGCCAUUUUAAUGAAUUCAGCUUAUAGUAGUCAUUAUCUACUAGAUCCUUUACCUAAAAUUAGCCUAAGUCGGCGAUUUAUCGUUGAAAUAUGCAUAAUUAUUUACAAGAGUCGAUGUGUGGUUAUAUCGUUAUUACACCUUAGAUUUCGCAAAAGUUUACGACGCGAAACAGCCGAGCAAUGUAUGUGCCUUUAUAAGGUGCACAGAAAUGAAGCUGAUGUAAAUUGA